AUGCUGCCCCUCUUCCUCUCCCUCUUGCUGCGCGUCUUCGAGCGCCGUCACAAGGUGGGCGGCCGCCUCGGCACCGUCACUCUCGCGGGCGACAGCUUCGAGGCCAGGGGCUCCAUCAUCCGCCCCCGCAACCUCCACGCGCGCCACUUCGCCGACCUCCUGGGCCUCGCCGCCAAGGUCGGCGGCGACGACGACUGUCUAGGGAUCUGGGACGGCAAAAGCUUCAUCUUUCAGACGCUCCGCCCACCGCCGAUCGGCAGCUCCUGGUGGCGUCGCAAGCUGCACAGCCUCCUCAACUCGCUGCUGCUGCUCAGGCGAUAUGGCCUGUCCCUGCUCAAGAUGGACAAGUCUGUCCAGAUUAAUUCUUCCUUCUCUACCGAAAUGCUGCAACGGUUUAUGUUCUUCUACAACGGCUUGGAGUCUCGCCCUGUCUUUGCCACGGUUGAGGAGAUGCUCCAAUGGACGGGUCUCUAUGGCCUCACCCGCAGGACCCUUGAGGAGGAGCUGCUCCAUGCCGGCCUCAACACCCAAACAAUAGCAGAGCUUGUCACUGGAUAUUUUGGUGUAAACUCAGCAUCAAAUGUUCCAGAGCUAAUUGGUACCCUAGAGCUCCCUGAUAUCCCUUUCUCAUGCAUCUCAGUUCUGAAGAGGUACAGCGAAGAUGACAUGGCCUACAAGAUGUUCUCACGUGCAAAGCUGGAUGAUGGUUUACUGGAUCAGAUCUUCAGUCGCCCAGAUGAGAUGAGGUUGCAGCGCGAGGAAGCCCCAGAAGAGUUUGGUCCGAUAGUGUUGGACGGGAAGCAGCUGUACUACGUGAACACCUUUGAGAGCGCCGCGAGCGCCAUAGAGACGGGCUCCGUGGCAGCAGAGAAUGUGGCACGGCUCAUCAUUUCGAGGCUUUCUCUACCGCAGCGAGGAGUCGAGCCUGAUGCUCCUCAUAUCAAGUCAUUCGCAGAGCAGGAGGAAGAAGGAUCCCAGCAUCGGCAUGUAGACCUGUGA